AUGUCAACGGAAGUUAUGGACAAAGUGUUAAAUCACAUUAAUGAUUGUUAUCAAUAUUCAGUAGAUACUGAAAGUGAAAUAUCAAACCAUGAAUUAUCUAUUAUACAAUUUCAUACAAUUCCUCGUACAUUACCAUCACAAGUACUUAUUAUCGAACUAUCACAAUUACCAAAUCGGGACUCUCACUUAUCACGUAAUGAAAUAUACUCAUGGGGGGGACAUGAACCUCGAACUUGA